AAGAUCCAGUCAUUAAUUCGCUUCAAGCCAGCCCUUGCUCGUGCGCAGACUCUUGAGACGAGGUCCAUUCGGUUCGAGCCAAUAUGACUUCCGACACCCGGGCUUUUACCUGUUUCUUGGCACUGCCCAAAGAACUCCGCCUCAUGAUUUGGAAGCAUGCCGCUACCACUUCCUCGGACCGGCCGGGGGUUCACUUCUUGACGGCCACGUCCACCGACCGCCGCCAGCAAGACGCCUUGGUGCGGGGCCUCCGCCAACUCCUCGACUGCGACAACGUAAGCGACGGCGGCGCGCUGCCAGUUCGCCGCUACUCUGGCGCCGACCCCCGCAAACGGGACGCCGCCAGCCCGUGGACCCGCAAGAACCCGUCAUCCUACAUGACGGUUAGCGCCCUCCGGGCCACGUGCUGGGAGUCGCGGGUCACCGUUGCCAAGUUCCGGGGCCCCCUAUCGGCGCUGACGCCCCGGACCGGCUGCCAAUGCGCCGUCGACUUUGCCGGCGGCGUCUGA